AUGGAUAAUUUUUGCUGGUCAGUCGGAACUUAUACAUGCAAAAAUCAAACGAAAGGAUGUUUCAACCCAACCGAAGAAAAUAAAGUAUAUCAAAGAUACUAUCAAUGGAUUUCACUUGUGUUUAUUAUACAAGCGAUCAUAAUGUAUAUGCCUGCCUACUUAUGGAAAAUAACUGAAGGAGGAUUAAUGCAUAAGAUAUGCAAUGAUUUAGAUGCAAUAUUCAAACAGGACAAAUGGAAUAUGAAAAAGAAUAUUCUAAUUGACUACUUCAAAAGUCAAUAUGUGGAUCGUAUGCAUAUGAAAUACGUACAACAUUUCAUCAUAUUGAAAAUGCUGAGCUUUGCGUUCAUUCUCUUCAACAUAUUUUUGUUAAGUAUUAUUAUCCCUGGUUUUUGGAGUCAAUACUAUAAAGCGAUUUCAGCUCUAUUGGCAGGGGACAUGAUAAAUUGGUUGAUCCACAUUGAAAAAAAUUUCUCAAUAACUGGUAAAUGUACGUUUGAACCGUACAGACCAUCGGGUACAAUUCAGCAAUUCGAUGCACUAUGCCUAUUACCUUUGAAUAUUUUGAAUCAAAAAUUAUUUCUCAUUGUGUGGCUAUGCUAUAUUCUUCAAAUAAUUAUAUCAUUUUUGAAUUUGUUGUUUUGGCUUAUAAUUACACUUAGUGAAAAUGCUCGUAUUUAUAUUUUGUAUCAAGAAGCACAGAAAAGUGUUUCACAUGAAGCUAUAGAAAAUGCUUCACGUAAAGCACGUUUAGGUCAUUUCUUUGUAUUGAGCCAAAUAGCGAGAAAUACAAAUCCAGGGACAUUUAUCGAAUUAGUAUCUAAUUUCUAA